CAGACAGACAUACAGACAGAGGACGAGGACUGUAUGAAUGGACGAGGGACACAGAGGGAGGAGAAGAGCCCCUGUUACCUAACACAAGAUCAACAUCAGUCCUGCUGAGGGAUUAGCUCCUUGUCUGUGCUAUCAUGUCCCUACCCUCUGUGGUCAUGUUGCCCCUGCUGAUCGUCGUGGCAGCGGGGGUAUACUACAUCUACAACGAGGUCAUGCGGUUCAUGUCCAAGUCCUUGGUGCGAAACAAAGUGGUGGUGAUCACGGAUGCUGUGUCCGGGGCGGGGACCGAGUGUGCCCAUCUGUUCCAUAAGGGCGGUGCCAGACUGAUCCUAUGUGGGACAAGCUGGGACAAACUGGAGUCUCUGUUUGACUCGCUCACGAGUGAUGCCGACCCAAGGGAGACGUUUGCCCCCAAACUGGUGAUCUUGGACUUCAGUGAUAUGGACAGCAUGGAGGACGUGGUGGCUGAGGUCUUGGAGUGUUAUGGCUGCGUGGAUGUGUUGAUCUGUAACAGCAGCAUGAAGCUGAAGGCGCCCAUACAGAACAUCUCCCUGGAAGUUGACAGGAACAUCAUGGACAUCAACUAUUUUGGACCAAGCUUUUUGGCCAAAGGUCUUCUUCCAACAAUGAUCUCGAGGAGGUCGGGCCACAUCUUACUGGUGAACAGUAUCCAGGGUCGACUGGCUAUUCCAUUCAGAAGUUCAUACGCCGCGUCGAAGCACGCAGCUCAGGCCUUCUUCGACUGCCUGCGGGCUGAAGUGGAGGAGUACGGGAUCGUCGUCAGCACCAUCAGUCACACCUUCAUCAACGCCUCCGAACUGCCGCCUGUCGAGGAGCCAGCGCCUAAGCCCAACGCCCUGGCUGCAUAUAUUGCAAGCCAGAUGACCCAUGGCGUGCGUCCGUCAGUGCUGGCCAAUGAGAUUAUGCAGACUGUAAACAGAAAGAGGAAGGAGGUGGUGCUGGCGCACCCCAUCCCCAGGGUGGCGCUCUACCUUCGCUCCCUCCUCCCCCCCUUCCUCUUUGCGGUGCUGGCUGCUGGAGUGAGAGACUCGACGUUGGUUGAGUAGAUCCGAGAGAAAGUCUGGAAGUGAAAUGGAUUCAGAGAAAUGAGGAAUGAAGACGAAACGAAGCGGGAGUUUGUUUGGAACAGGUAGAGCUGUGAUGGAAGACCAAGAGAGAGCCUGAACACCAGAAGUAAAUAAAUAUUUGUUUAUUAAUAUUAUUCAACAAUAAACACCACUGUGUUGUACGCUAAAUGAUCAAUUCCUUAAAAGUGGCAGUGGCAAAGAGGGCAUGCAAAAUAGGAACAGAAUAAGCAAUACAUUAAGAUAAAUGUAAUAAUACAAACGUGAAAAUAUGACGAGAAAAACAAAUUAUAAAAUAAAUAUAAUAUACAAAAAAAUGCAGUUAUAAAAUAGGGAUAGAAUAAGCAAUAAAUGUGAAAAUAUGAGUAGAAAAACAAUGUAUAAGAUAAAUGUAAAAUAUAAAAAAAUACAGUUAUAAUAUAGGGAGGACAUGAGUGCUUUAAAUUAGGAUAAAUGUAAAAAAUUUAAAAACAAAGUUAUAAAAUAUGGAUAGGAUGAGCAAUAAAUGAAAAUAAACAUAUCAUAUGAAUAAACAUAGGGUCAGAAUAAGUAUAUGAGAAAGUACUAAAAAUAUAAUCAAAAUGCUUAGUUAGUGAUAAAUAAUCAACUUUUUAAAGGCGGCAGAAAAAAACUAUUUCUCAGAGAGAAAUUUUUAAGGGUUAUAGUUGAAAAUGUAAUCAGGUCAUUUAUGUCAAGUGACAAACAUGUUGUAAAACAUGUCAAACACUAAUUAUUUUAUAAUUUUAACUAAUUUCAAUACAGCAGCAAAAAUAAAAUAAAAGCAGGUACAUUUUACAUUCUGUACCUAAGUUAAUGCAGAGUUUUAAUGUAAAAUUUUGUUUGUUUGUACAUUAUUUCUUCCACUGAUGCUGCACUGAAUAAAACUUACAGGAAAAACAGAGGUACACUUUUUUUAUUUGAAUGUCUUUCUCUGCAUGUCCUCUAGGUGGCAGCAGCAGCAUAUAGUUAUUAAUGACAGUUGUGGCCUGUGAUGCUGAAGAGCUGGAGCACACACACACACACAGUCUGGUUUCCACACUUACAGAGGACAAUACAUUGACUUACAUUCAUUUUUGUUAGAUACUUGCUCUAACCUUAACCAAAACUUCUACCUUAAUCUAACCUUAACCUUAAAAUGUAAUCAUUUAAAGUCAAUUUAUGGGCAACUUGAUUUUUUUUGUCCCCAUAAGGAAAAAGGUCCGUGUUAAGUGAGUGUGUUUAUACAUGAAGGUCCCCACAACAUGAGUCUGGAACACACACACACACACACACACACACACACUUCCUGUCCUCAUGAAUUGUUCAUUAGGGGCCAGAGUGUCCCAGUGUUUCCUCUGUUAAAAUAUGAAUUCACUUACCUAUUUAGUGAAUUAUUAAUCAAUUUUGUGAUGAAAAGACACAGGAAAAUUGAGAUUAAGAUUAAGUUGUCACAUGUGAGCUGCAAUGACAAACUUGAAUGUAAACCAUAAAUAAAAUGAAAGCAGGA